AUGCUCUGUAUGUGAGGACACAGCGACAACGUGCGGAGGCAGAUACGCGUCAGAAACAAAGUGUCACUGUCUCUUUUACUGACAGUGUGCCUGGACAAAUCUACAAGCACCGACGGUGAGGUUUUGAUUUGAUUCCAUCAUUUUGUACUCCUAUUGUCGCCACGGGAAGCGCCGGUGUAGCUUACGCGUCAUUAAUGUGUAACCACUGCACACACACCUGUUGAGACAGUGAUACCUGUGCUUUUGUCAAUGUUGACUACGACUGUGCUGCUCAGAUUUAAACUAUGGUCAUAUAAUGAAUUAUUCAAGAAAGUUAUGUUACUAUUGAAAUUAUUGAAUUAGAUGUUUUUGUAAACAAGAGUUACAGUAUGGGCACUUGUAUCACACCGAUUGAGGCACAGAGGGAACUGUUUCAUAAGCCUGACAAGACUAACCUGUUUUUGUGCACUGGUCUAAAAAAGCACAUUAUCAAUGACUGACUCACUGUGACACGCCAUGAAUGGUGCUGAAUCCUUUUUACCAUAACAAGUGACAGAUUGAAGGCUCAGGCAAAUAUUCCGAUCAGGCACCGUUUCCCUGCAAGACUGACAAAAGGCUCACUGUAUUGACAAAAAAUGCUUUUGACGCAACAAUAACUUGAACAGUGCACAUAAUGUAGGUGGAUUUGUUGUUGUCACAUUUGAACAUUCUUAGAAAUGUAGUAUUUUCGGGCCACAGCAGAGGUAUAUUAGUGUUGUGACUAGUUUGACGAUUCUUUCUACAAAUUAGGUAGAAGAAUGAGACAUUAUCUUAUAUUUGAUUGCUAUUUAUUUACUGGUUCACAAUUUGUAUGUUAUUAUAACAACUUUUAUUAAUUGAAUAGAAUGAAUGAAUGAAUACUUUGUUUAGUUUGUUUUGUAUAUGACAAAUUCUCCGAACCUACAGACUAAAAACCUGACAAGGGAGUCUAAAUUUAAAGUUGAGAGGCACUCAGAACUUAUUUUAUGUAGUGUUCACUCACCGCCACAUCAUAAACAUGUAAAAAAAUAUAGCUGUACAAUGUUAAGUUCAUGAAAAACAGUGACAAAUAAAACUUUGCACUUACUGAAAUACAUCAGUGAUAACAAUUGUAAUGAUUGGACAUCACAUGGUUUUUAGAUGUCAGUGCAUAAAUAACUUUCAUUCCUUUUGGCCCAUAACUAUAGCCUAGCUUCUUGCUUUGCAGCUGGUGUGUGUUAGAAGCAAAAUAGAAGGUGUUCAAGGUGAUUCCCACGACGGGUGACCUGAUCCGACAUUGAUAUCUGAUAUCAGGCCGAUAUCAGCAAAAAAAGAUCGGAUUAUAUUGGCCUGCAUCUAAAAAUCUCAGAUGUUGGCACUCAAAUACAAGCAGUCGAUUCCAGAAUCCUCCCCAGCACUUCCAGCGGUGGCCAGAUAGAGUCCACGGAAUCACAACAACAGCAAAUGAUAACGUGUUAACAAAGUAGCAAGGAGUAAAAGUGAUGCCCAUAUAUGGAAUUCCGGGUUGCACUGAUGUCAAUGAAACUCGGUGUUAAAAAAACUCUGUAAAACACAGCGUGAAGAGCCAUCCAAAACGGCUUUCACGUCUUACUUCCAAAUACGCAAACCUCAUUAUCUGACGUGUUGGCAUCGUUUAACACGAGAAACCAACAUUAUAACAACAUUUAUAGAUCAGAAAAGAGGAAAAUCAUAAUAGGUCACCUUUAAGUCGAAAAAAGGCGUUGCAGCUGAGUGCACAACUUGUCUUGUACAAGUUUCCCUUUGUGGCACAGAACCGGGGAAAUUUAACAAAACAAACGUCAUCUCACAUUUGAAGCAGCAUCACACGGGAAACUCCCCCGGGUCAACAAGAAGUCAUUGGCUAUAAUAGAAAAGAGCCAGCCCCCGUCGAAGAACUUCGGGAAGACUUUUAAGAUGAUAUACUGUAGUCUGUAGCAUUUACAGAUGAAAACAUGGCAGCUGGAAGAGCAAACUGCUUCCCUCGUACGGGGAGUAUAGUGCGAAGCAGGUCAGAGGGUACGCUGAUUGAUCUGGAUGAAAAUACAUUGUGUGGUGAAAUUCCAAAAGGUGGAAAAGUGAUACAGAACUAUGGCAAGACAACAAAAAACCCCUUUUGGACCAAGUUGUCUGGAUCUAAUCCUUUCUUAGAUGAUAUUGUACACAACACAGAAAAGCUUAUUUCCAGCUCUUCCGAGACAUUCCCAUGUACUGCAAAUCACCUGGAAAUAGACAAUGCGGACAACAUUAGCACAUCCUCAGAUGAGGGCAAUGUGGGGAGCUUUCUGGAAAAGAAAAACAAAGCUAACAGCUCUGGGAGAUGGAGGAGUGCCACUGACAUUCUGGAUGAAUUUGAGAGAAAGGUGCCAAAGAGGAUGAACAGCUUUAAACCACCCCGGCCCGUCCUAAACCCUGAUUUUGAGUGGCUAAAAAAUGACAGAGAAGCCUAUAAAAUGGCCUGGCUGAGCCACAGGCAGUUAACCCGCUCGUGCCUGGACCUAAACCUGAUGAGCCAAAGUCCUGGAUGGGCUCAGACCCAGGCUACAGACUUUCAGGUCAUCUGCAAGAUUGGCCAUGCUGGAGGCUCAGUUAGGCUACCAGACUCUGAAUUUAGUAUUCAUUUCCCAGAGGGGCAUGUUCCUCCUGGUGAAGUACAGGAAGUAACACUGAAGGCAUUGCUCGACCCUCCUCCUGGACUCAACAACAACUAUACAACCACAAUGAGUCCACUCCUGGAAGUGGUGCUUAGUAAUAUUAACACAAAGGGUAUGAUUUCCCUAAGGAUUAAGCUGUCCGGAGAAGUGCGGAGUGACCCGUUAAGUCAGGUUUUGACCACUGUGAUUGGCCUUUUGUCUAGCAAACGACAAGGACCUUAUAUCAGUGUAGAUGACUGUGAUGUUUUAAAAAACACAAUGCACAUGAAACUCCAGCACUUGAAGACACAUUUUUAUGUGAUAGCUGUUGCUGAAGCCUCCGCUAUCCAGUCUCCGGCUACAUCUGUAUGGGAUUACCUUCACCGCCAAAUCACAAUUGCCGUUUAUGGCCCGAGGUACAUCCAUCCAUCUUUUAAGGUUGUAAUAGUGGUGUGCUGUCACGAGGAGGUACCACCAAGGCUUUCCUUUUCAGAUAUUUGUAGAGGAAACAAGCAUCUGCCUCCACUGGUGCUGCAGCUCUGGGGAACGCAUCGCCUUAGGAUAGACAACCUGCAUGACCUGUUUAUCACCGUUAACCUCACAGGCUCCACAUUUCAAAUCCAACAUGAGGACAAAGUGAAAGAAGUCAAGCAAAGCAAACUGAAAAUAGGGACAGUUUUGCAUCUACCAGUUGCCUUAUUUUGCACUAACAGCAAAGACAUGAGCCCUUUUCAGGUGGACCUGCAAGUGGCAGAGUCCAACUCUUCAACUGUUGCUCAUUUCCAGGUCCCUUCUCCUCCUGUGGCACCAAUUCGAUGUGAAAAGCGUAUUUCAAGUAGAAAAAGAGAAGAAAUCACUGGAAAUUCCUACAUUGCUGAGGAACAAACUCCAGAAAUACCCAAAUUUCAAGACAGACCUGUGAACCUAAAAUGGUACGGGGUAGCCCUAAAGUCAGUUCUCCGUCAGCCACGUGUGGACUACCUACUGGAGUACUUCAAGGGGGAUACAGUUGCUCUCUUAUCAAAGCAGACUGUUAGAUCUGUGGGAAAUUCAAGGGGAAAGGAGUGGUAUAUUGGAUUCCUUAGGGGCAGGACUGGUUUAGUCCACUGCAAAAACGUCAAGCUCAUUACUGCCCAUCAAGUGAUUGACUUUAUCGGCAUUCAGGUGACCACAGAGGCGCUGCUGGACAACAUGACACUGCCUUUUAAGAAGCUUACGUAUAUGUACUCUGCUAUCCAGACGCUGGUCACGGAACACGUGACUUCUUGGAGAAGUUUUGCAGAAGCUUUAGGGUAUAACAAUCUAUCGCUGGACACCAUCACUCGUAGAUUUGCUGAAACGGAGGCUGAUAAGGUGGCCAGUGUACUGGAAAAGCUGAAGGAAGACUGCCACGCCGAGAAGAGUGGGAAGAAAUUCCUUCACGAGCUCAUGGUUGGCCUGUUAAAGAUGGACAGCAUCUAUCUUGUGGCCCAGCUGAUUCAAAAUACAGUCAUCCUGUCCACUGCUGUGGAGCUGGGGGUUCGAUGGCGGGAACUCGCUGAGAAAGUGGGAAAACUGACCAGUGCUCAGAUAGCAGCCUAUGAAGCACCACACAGAGGGAAGAAUGGAGAAGUUGGGCCUCAGUUAAUGUGGAAACCUGCCUACGACUUCCUGUUCUCCUGGAGUCAGCGUUAUGGAGCCAGUUACAGAGACAUGAUUCAGGAUCUCCACCUCAUCCUAGAUAAGAUGAAGAACCCUGUUGCCAGACAGUGGAGACAGCUGACCGGCGCUCUCAUCACGGUGAACUGCCUCGAUCUCUUUCGGGCCUCGGCAUACCCAAAGACCUAAGCACUUUGCUCUCUGGGGGAGGACCAUAUCCACGCACUUCUACAGGAAACAAGCAUAAGUGUUUUUAAGAUGGUACUGAAGUCUUUCUUCUAAACUGCAGCUGUGAGAGCUGAGAAAAUAAUGAAAACGAUUACAAUUAAGGUAGUUGUUACUUGUUAAUGCAUUAUAUUUUGCUACUCAAAUUUGUAGACAAUUUGAGCCUUCUUAAUAGACACCACCAAGAAAUGUGAAAAAAACUAAUCCUGUUGCUGAUAAACUGACUGCCUAAACUUUUUUUAAACUAGGUUCCUGUAUGCUCUUGUAAAGUGACAAUGAGCAUUUACUUUAUUAUUUUUUUUUUUUACUGCGAUGUAAUAUUUUAGACUUUGAUAUUUUAUAAAGACAUGGUAAAUUAUUUCUCCACUGCUGUAUGGAUCAUUGUUUAAAGUGGUGCCAUACAAAAGUUUGUAAUGUUCUAUAGUGAAUUAAAGUGUUACAUUUAGUACAAAUAUCAACUUCAAUAAAGUACUUGAAAUACAUGCAGUUGUAGGGUAACGUGUAUUUUGAAAU